UCUCGAACUUUGUCAAGGUUAAGAGAAGCACUUAACGAUUGAGGACAAGAGAAGAGCCUGUUACAAGCAAGAAUUUAUUGUCGUUGUCUUCGAAAUUUGCAUAGAUACAUUAAAUACACGGUGCUCAGAUGCCAAAGUGUUGCGAAGAUUAUUUGAAAGAAGAAGAGGACGGAGAGAAUAAGCAGAAAGUGUGAGUUCAAAUAAAUUGAAGUAAUCAAAAUGGAAACGAACGAGUGACUAUUUCGUAUCUGACCUGGGAUUUGAAGUCUGUUUCUUGCUUGAAAUCGAGACUUGAAAAAGUGUGAUUUGAUUCUUUUGUAUGGAAGCUUGCACAAGAGAAUCACUAAGCAGAAAAUUUUGUUCUGUUGCUGUAAAGAACUGACCAAGAAGAAAGCAAAUGACUGAAGAACAGAAGGGAAAGCAGGAGAAAACCAGCUUGGGUAUGACAGAGAAAGUUGUAGUUGCUGUUAAGGCAUCCAAAGAAAUUCCUAAGACUGCUCUGGUGUGGGCAUUGACUCAUGUUGUUCAACCUGGAGACUGCAUUACGUUGCUUGUUGUUCCUUCACAUGGUUCAGGUAGAAAAUGGGGUUUUCCAAGAUUUUCUGGUGACUGCUCAAGCAGUAGCCGCAAAUCUCAAUCAGGAUCAAGUUCAGAGCAGAACUCUGGUAUCAGUGACUCCUGCUCGCAAAUGAUCCUCCAGCUCCAUGAUGUUUAUGACCCUAACAAGAUUAAUGUCAAGAUAAAAAUUGUUUCUGGAUCACCGUGUGGAGCAGUAGCUGUAGAGGCCAAGAGAGCCCAAGCUGGUUGGGUUGUACUGGACAAGCAGCUCAAACACGAGGAAAAACGGUGCAUGGAGGAGUUGCAAUGCAACAUAGUGAUUAUGAAGGGUUCUCAGGCAAAAGUGCUACGUCUUAACUUGGUUAGGUCACCUGAGAAGGAAGCUGAAGCUUCUUGUCAAUUAAAUCCUGAUAUGCAAGAAACAUCUGUGAAACAUUCCGAUAACAAAAAUGGAUCAUCUGAUUCUAGUAGGGGUAUAGAGGCUGUUGUCACUCCAACCAGCAGUCCAGAGCUUGGGACGCCAUUUUCUGCUACUGAAGCAGGAACUUCUUCAGUGUCUAGCUCGGAUCCAGGCACUUCGCCUUUUUGCACCUCAGAGAGGAAUGCUGACUUGAAGAAAGGGGAAUCAAUAGUCAUCAAGGAAAACCAGGACCUUGAUGAAUCUAGUUCAGAAGCUGAGAGUGAAAAUUUAUCGUUAUCUUCAGUGAGUUUAAGGUAUCAACCAUGGAUAACAGAAUAUCUUACUUCUCAACAUCAAUCCUCACAACGCCUAGAAGAACCUUCAACUCAAGCUUAUGUCAGGGCUCAAGGUUCUACAUCAAAAGCCUUACUGGAGAAAUUUUCAAAACUUGAUAGAGAAGCUGGAAUAGGAAUGUCAAGCUUUAAGAGUGAUAUUGGAUUUAGUGGAAAUGUAAGAGAAGCAGUUGCAUUAUCCAGAAAUUCCCCUCUUGGCCCUCCUCCAUUGUGUUCAAUAUGUCAGCAUAAGGCACCUAUAUUUGGAAAACCACCAAGGUGGUUUACCUAUGCUGAGUUGGAGCUUGCAACUGGUGGAUUUUCACAAGCUAAUUUCUUGGCUGAGGGUGGGUUUGGAUCUGUUCAUAGAGGGGUACUCCCUGAUGGACAGGCGAUUGCAGUCAAGCAACACAAAUUGGCUAGUUGUCAAGGAGAUCAUGAAUUUUGCUCAGAAGUGGAAGUCCUCAGCUGUGCUCAGCACAGGAAUGUUGUUAUGCUGAUUGGGUUUUGCAUCGAGGAUAGAAGGCGGCUGUUGGUUUAUGAGUACAUAUGCAAUGGUUCUCUAGAUGCUCAUCUAUAUGGGCAUCAUCAGGAACCUUUAGAAUGGUCUGCACGGCAAAAGAUUGCUGUGGGAGCUGCUAGAGGUCUGAGAUACCUUCAUGAAGAAUGCAGAGUUGGCUGCAUUGUGCACCGUGACAUGCGGCCGAACAACAUUCUCAUCACCCAUGAUUUUGAACCUUUGGUUGGUGAUUUUGGCCUUGCAAGAUGGCAGCCUGAUGGUGAUGCUGGAGUGGAAACAAGAGUGAUUGGAGCAUUUGGGUAUUUGGCACCAGAAUAUGCUCAAAGCGGCCAAGUCACCGAAAAAGCUGAUAUUUAUUCCUUUGGAGUGGUGUUAGUUGAACUAGUUACAGGGCGGAAAGCGGUGGACCUUAAUAGGCCUAAGGGCCAGCAAUGUCUAACUGAAUGGGCUCGUCCACUUUUGGAAGAAUAUGCUAUAGAUGAAUUGGUGGACCCAAGAUUGGAGGAUUGCUAUUCCGAGCAUGAAGUCUAUUGUAUGCUCCAUGCCGCAUCAUUAUGCAUAAGGCAGGAUCCUCAUUCUAGGCCUCGCAUGUCACAGGUGCUACGCAUAUUGGAAGGUGACAUGCUUAUGGACUCGAAUUACUCAUCGCCAAGAUACGACAUUGGGAACCGCAGUGGCCGGGUUUGUGCAGACCAAAAAUAUUACAGUGGAUCCCUGGAAAAUGAGGCAUUAGAAGAGUUCAAUGGGAAGCUCUACCUUGACGGGCUAAGGUCAGGAACCAGGAGGACUUCGUGCGCAGAUCAUCUGUAAAAGCCUACAGGGGGUUCUUUACACGCAUGGUACACAUAUCAAUCUAUCAAUCUAUACAUAUAAUUUUGUGUAGUAGUAGUAUUGGAAGCAAGGGGUAACUGGGUUCUUGUAAUUCUUUUGUGGAAAUGCUGAUCUCCAAAGCUAUGGUGAAAUAUUAUAUGCUUUUCUAAUUAAACCAAUGAAGCACCGCUUGAGAAGUA